UAGACCAUUUAAAACUCCUUCAUGACACUAAAUUAACUAAAAGAUGCCGACUUGGGUAGGGUUGGGAUUUCCAGAUAUGGAGUAUUAUCAGAGUUUUUCGGGAUUUCAGGAUUGAAAAGGUAAGAAUCUGUGAGAUUUGUAAGAUUCGUUACAGCCAAAUAGAAGAGUCCAAGUGGCUGGCUAAGUGGAGCAGGUGAAGUAAAAAUAUGCAAGCAGGGACAUGAUAGGUGAUGAAGAUGGAGGUCUAAUGAAGAACUUCGACUUUAUUAUUGUUUUUGGACGAGACAAAUAUGGGCCGGCACUUCUGUUUUCAUCAUUAUCAGUAACCAUCACAUGGUUGUACCCUAAAAGCAUUUCUUCUUUUCUCCUUUGUUUUUAUUCAAUUUUAGUUUCCAGAAGAACGUUAUCAAACACCCCCUUUCUCUGUCCCUUCCCAUGCUUGGUCAUAUAAAUAGCAGGCCAUACAAAGGGGUCCAAUAGGGGACUCUCUGAGCUCCAAACGCUUUCUUUUUAUUGGAAAACUUUACUUGCUGUGCCGGAAUUGUAUUGGGUCCUCUGAGAGAGAAGGCUUGGUGGGUUCCCUUCAAUAUUAUCGGAUUAUGGAGUUAGGGUCUGUGCUUAUAUGCAUCUUUGUUGCUUUUGUGACUCUGAAAUGGGUUCUCAAGAGGAUAAACUGGUGGUUGUAUGAAGCUCCACUGGGUGAAAAGCAGUAUUGUCUUCCUCCUGGUGAUCUGGGUUGGCCUUUCAUUGGCAAUAUGUGGUCCUUCCUCAGAGCUUUUAAGUCCUCUGACCCUGAAUCUUUUAUGCAAAGCUUUAUUACCAGAUAUGGACGUACUGGAAUCUACAAGGCUUUCAUGUUUGGGAAUCCAAGCAUAAUUGUUACAACUCCUGAGGCCUGCAAGAGAGUAUUAACGGAUGAUGACUCAUUCAAAACUGGUUGGCCUAUUAGCACAAUUGAACUCAUUGGAAAGAAGUCAUUUAUUUCCAUUCCUGAUGAAGAACACAAGCGUCUUCGCCGCUUGACGGCUGCCCCAGUCAAUGGCCAGGAGGCAUUGACUGUCUACCUGCAGUACAUAGAGAAAAUGACAGUAUCUGCCUUGAACAAAUGGUCCAAUAUGGGAGAAGUUGAGUUCUUAUCUGAACUUAGGAAGCUUACUUUUAGGAUUAUAAUGUAUAUCUUUCUUAGCUCUGAGAGUGAGGCCGUAAUGGAGGAUUUGGAGAAGGAAUACACGACUCUUAAUUAUGGAAUUAGAGCCAUGGCAAUCAAUCUUCCGGGUUUCGCUUACUAUCAUGCUCUCAAGGCCCGGAAAAGGCUCGUGGCUAUACUGCAAUCCAUAGUGGAUGAUCGAAAAUAUCGUAGGAAAGGCAAUGUUAGUUCAACAAAGAAGAAAGACAUGUUGGAUGCUCUACUGGAUGUUGAAGAUGAAAAUGGCAGGAAAUUGGCUGACGAGGAGAUCAUCGAUGUCCUGUUGAUGUAUCUGAAUGCAGGCCAUGAAUCUUCCGGCCAUACCAUGAUGUGGGGUACAGUUUUCCUUCAGGCACAUCCUGAAUUCUUCCAAAAAGCGAAGGCAGAGCAAGAGGAGAUUGUCAAGAGGAGGCCACCAACACAGAAGGGAAUGACGCUUAAGGAGUUUCGCGAGAUGAAUUACCUUUCAAAGGUGAUUGAUGAGACAUUUCGUGUUCUAACAUUCUCUCUUACGGCUUUCCGGCGGGCCAAAAAAGAUGUCAAUAUAAAUGGUUAUAUUAUUCCUCAGGGAUGGAGAGUUCUGGUUUGGUUUAGGGGUGUCCACUUGGAUCCUGAACUUUAUCCGAAUCCAAAGGAAUUCAAUCCUUCAAGAUGGGAGGGUUUUACGCCCAAAGCAGGAAGUUUCCUUCCAUUUGGAGCAGGAAGCAGAUUGUGCCCUGGAAACGACCUUGCCCUGCUUGAAAUAUCUGUUUUUCUACAUCAUUUUCUGCUUAACUAUCAGCUAGAAAGGCUCAAUCCCAAUAGCCGCGUAAGGUACUUACCUCAUACAAGGCCAGUAGACAACUGCUUGGCGAGGAUCAAGAGAUGUUCAUCAUAAGAGAGAACAUGUAAUUCUUGUUUCAAGGACAAAUGAAUACAUAUAUUAUCUUCCUGAUAAUGCCUUUAAGCUUACAAAUUUUUAUUA